AUGGAUCUUAAACUAACAGAAUACGAGGAAGAGUUGCUUUUGGUCGUUGGCGAGGAGGUCAUGACGGGGCUGGAGGGUGCCCACUUAAGCACGGACAGAGUCGAGGAGUCGGAAUACAUUGGGUCACCCGAACAGCUCUCUCCGGCCCCCAGUCUCCCAGAGGAAGAGGAGCCCAGGAAGGAGGACCUGUCAGAGACUCCAGCUCUGUAUCCGGAUGAGGAAAAUACAAGGGAGACGCACCAGGUGAAAGGAGGUCAGAUGCCGCCGACGCAAAAAAACAAAACCAUGGAUCUAGAGAAGAUAAGUUGACAAUCACUAUGCUUCCCAUGGACAGCGCACCAUGCACCGAUACCCAGCUACCAUCCACCAAUCACAGAGAAUCUGAGAACACCGCUGCUUCUCUUCAGCUUCCAUCUACCAAUCAGACGACAACUACUGGCACUUAUGAGGACAGUAUCAUUUCUACUUUAUCUAAUGUGGUCUCUAAAGUUGAGCGCCUGAACGCACAGAGCAGAAAAGAAAUAAACAGGAGCCACAGACUGUUGUUGAAUAACAUCCAUACAGAUCUUUUGCUCUUGAAAGAAGAACUUAAAGUGCACAGGGAGCAACAGACGGCACAGUCAGAGAAGAGGUUAAAAUUGCUCGAGGAAAGCAACACUCUGAAAAAGAUAAAAUUGCAACUUAUGCGGGAAAAAAAAUCGAUCUCAUGCGAGGACAGGUUCCUUCUACUUCCAGCACAGCAUUGGAAACUCCUGCUCCUUCCCCUGUCAAGGAGUCCACACCACCAUCGCUGCCAACAAAAAUGUCCAAAAACUUACCUGGGUCCAACCCUUCUCCUGAAGGAACCUUGUCUACUU